AUGCUUGCCUCGUACUUUCCGUCUCCGCCAUCCGUCCCUGACAGAGCGUCCGCCGUCAUUGAUCCCAGUCCUCGCACCGUCAUUCGCGUGCUCACUUCGAUAUUCUCGAAAUAUCUUCGUGAACACGACCAUGCCUUUCACAACAAGGUUCACGACCAUAAAUGCAAUGUCGGAAUCUACGAUCUUAUCUCCAACGCCCUCGCCAUCCACCAGGACGGUGCUGUGGCUGUCACGGGGAAAACACUACCCGAUGGCGUCCACCUCGCCAUUGGUGUCACCUCAGAGGUCACAAGGACAGGGCAUCCAUUGCAUUCAGUGUCUCCCAGUGACGAGAAGGUCGACCUAGUGAAAUUCUACUGGAAUGAAACUCCUAUCCCCAUGCGUCGUCAUGUCAGUGACUUCCUUCGCGUUCUCACUGGCUACAAGGAGGGUCGGCUGGCCAAGAUGGUAACGCGGGACACCGACGAGCUCACCAUCUGCGGGUGGGUCACGUCUCGCCGUUACGACGCUGCUGUUCGCCGCAUCAACUUGGGACAUUCAUUCUGGUCAGAGCCCGUAUGGGAGAAGAUGCAAAAGUGGACGCCCACGAAGCUCGACAGCAAGACGCUCGCUGGUGUCCGAGACACUAAGAUCGACCUGCUCCCUGACGACAUGAAGUGGGUCUUAGCCCUCAUCGACUUGAAAGCUCUUCCUGAGACCCACUUUACCGAAGACGCUGCGGGCAUAUGGAUUAAAAUACUUGGUCUCCUCCUAGCGUGCGCCUACGAGGACUCCAAAAAGAAGGUCUCUCGUGACGAGAUGGAAGAUCAACGUUGUUGCUUUGUCCAGUGUUUGCGUCUCAUGUUCCUUAUCCUCGGAUGCGAGGCUGUCAAGGUUGCCUUCCAGCUGCCUUCUCUCUCUGACAUAUUUGUCACGAAGCCUGUCGACUCCAGGCAUGCGCCGUGGCCGACUCAGCCCACUCCCGCAUCUUUGUAUGCGCCCAGAACGUCUUGUCAGCAGGAUGCCAGCACUUCUGGCGUCGAAGGCAGCAGCCAAGGCAGCCAAGAGGAGCUUGAAAACAACGAGGACCGCUGUGCCUUGACUCCCGAACCCGGCGAGACUCCAGGACACGUUGUAUUCCGAUAUCUUCUUAUGGUCGUCUCCCCGUUCAAAGCAUCUCUCGCAAUCCUAAACAACAUCGCACGGCUGCCAUCCGUCCCGCAGGUAUCGAUUCUUGAGCUCAGGAAAGAAGCCAAAACCAACACUCAAGAGGAUUACGACGAAGUCCUGAAAGUUCUUUCAGCACGCAUCGCAAAGUGCAAUACAUCGCCGGAACUGGUCCGCACAGCAACCUCGUGGCUACGCGACGUCUUCCGCGACAAUCGCGAGGGCCCUGUUCCGCUUGUCCACGUUGAAGCCGAGCUGAUGUCUUUCCUCAACACCGAGCCACCGCCCGACAGUCCCCAGAGUGUGCGGGACCUAUACCAAGACCUCGUCCAGGGAAACCCAUCGUUAGCGAUCGGGGCCAGCAGAAAGGCGUGUUACGGCUGCACAAAGCUCCGCGAGCAAUUGUGCGAGAACGAGAACUCCAAGCCUAUCCCUUGGGACCCUCCCGCGUUCGGUAUCCCCGACGACGCCCUCGCUCGCAUCGCGGAGGGGCUGCAGACGAAGGUGGCUGACAUGACGAUGUGGCGGGCGCGGGCGCUGUUGGCCGAGUCCUGCGCACCUUCGCCAUCACGCAGUCAGGAAGGCACUUCGAAGGCAAAGCCACUUCUUCGGAACGAGCCCGAGGCGAAGGAGAUGAAAGCUUCGAGGGAAAGGUUGAUACAGACGCGGAUUAGGGAGAAGAUGGCAGUGCUGAUGGAGCGGAAGGCGGAGGCGGAGGCGGAGGGGAAGGGGAUGCAACACGAUGAAGAUCCGAGUUCGUGGGAGGAAGAAAUGAAGUCGUUGGAGGGGAAAUUGAAGUCGUGGGAGGAAGCAAUCGCCUCCUUGAAGUAA